AUGUUUUGCAAGUCCUGCUUUAGCCUGGUAUCCAGUCUGAUCGUGGUUGGGGCUGCAAGAGCUCUGUCACGCCCGCCUCACAUAGGUUUUCCGGUCUAUUCAAACGGCAAUUCAGAAGCAGCAACAGGAGCCACGUCGAGUGAUCUCCCUGCCGAAAUCAGCCGCGACUUCCUUGAGUGUUCGAUCUGUUGCGAGAUCUUUAAGAAACCCAAGAUCCUCAUCCCCUGUCUGCACACCUUCUGUGUGCUGUGUCUUAAAGAAUGGGUGAAGAUGAACGAAGACGACUCAACUUUUCCUUGCCCUUAUUGUUGCCAACAAGUUGCCUUCCCCGAAAAUGGCAUCGCAGGCCUGAAAGAUAACUUCUUCAUGGAGAGUUUAGUAGCAACCUUGGCUGAUUCAAACAACAGUCGGCAUACUACUAAAGAUCUGGCCAAAAGCCAGCACUCUAAAGAUCCACCUUAUACCCAGCAUACUAAAGAUGAAAACACCCAACGUACUAAAGAUCCAGUUAACACUCGGCACACUAAAGAUCCAGCCAACACACAUGCUGAAGUUUCAGGCAUCCACUGCACAAACUAUGACGAAGGAGAGCCAGCCUCCUCUAAGUGUUCAAAGAGCACCAAGUCUGUCGGUACUAACUGCAAAAAAGUGCAUCGCGUUUCCAAGGCAAGCAAGUGUCCCACGCUCUUCACUUCUGAGGAACAGAAGACGGGAAAGCAUGACGGCGUCUCCAGUGCCAAGAAUAUAGCUCCGCAGUGCUCCAAACACCCAGGUGAAUUCCUGAAGCUUUACUGUAGGAGCUGCGAGACUCCGAUAUGUAACGAAUGCGCCCUGUUCGAACAUCGGGACUUGCUACACAACUACGCACGCAUAGAAGAGGUGGCCACGGAGAGAAGAGAGCUUAUCCUAGACCUCACACCACAGUGCCAGCCCCGGAUACAAUUCUACCACCAGACCAAGAAAGUGCAGAAGCGCAUGUUGCAGUACCUCUUAGAAAAUGCAGAGGGUGCUCGUGAGAACGUGCGCAGUAACGGACAAUCACUUAUCUUGAUGGUGGAGGCGGAAAGGGAUAGACUUCUGGGCUGUAUCAACGCAGACGUAGCGCGCAGAAAGAAGCACAUAGAAGCAAAGAUAGACAGAGCACAGGUCAGUCUCGCAAGCGCCAAGAGCACACGUGAGUCUGCAGAGACUCUAGCUCGAGAUGGCUGCGACUUCGAAGUUGUAUCGUACUCGCCUAAGAUGAUGCAGAUAUUGAGCAUCCUGGCUAAGCCGCCGUUUGAAACGGUGGACUUUGAGUCAGCAGAUGUUACCAUCGAUUACUCUGCUCUGAAGAAAAAGUUGGCAGAAAACAGUCCCGCGAAUAAGAAGUAUACCCUGUCGAAGGAACAGAGGCAGAGAUCUUGGAUAGGUCCAAGGAAACAUGCAGGGGAAAACAAGAAACAUGUGGCAAAGGGACACAGCAAAGAAACAGACCACCAGAAGACACCAAAGAGCCGUGAUCACACCUGCUCCAUCUGCCUGACAGUUCCAGCUCAGCCAGUGUAUCUUCCCUGCAGAGACCGUCAGGGCUGCGAAGCAACGUUCUGCAGAAAGUGUCUAGCCAAGCAUGGUUCCGAUCGUUGCCCAGUCUGCUUUGCUAGUUUCGUGCACAAACUGGUGGGCAACCAGCCUGAGGGAAGCAUGAACGUGUCGGUGAGCAGCCACAUCACUCUGCAAGGCUAUGAACAGUGUGAAGUCAUCAUCAUUGACUUUGUGUUUGCGGACGGAAUUCAGGACAGGCCAGAACAUCCAAAUCCAGGGAAACAUUACCAAGGUCUGAGGUACCGGGCGUACCGCCUGUAUAACACCGAGGGGAGGGGGGUGAUGUGUCUACAGUCAGAUACCUUCCUCAGAGCUUCUGACUGGACUUCUUCCUGCCACAGAGUUCUAUAUGUAGCCAAAGAAGUAAGAAGCAUCACUCCAAGCGGAGACUCUUAA